CAGAAGUUUGAAAAAAAAUUAAGAUCCAUUAUCGAAUUUAACUCUAAAAUUAAUGAUCUUAAUGAUAAGUUGCAGGCCCAGCUUCAAGAAAAAGAAGGAGGAGUAUCAUAUCCAGAAAACUUUAUUUUGUCAGAGA